UCGGGCGUCUAUGGCGGGGCGGCAGACGACCCGUCAGGCGAGGCAGGGAGGGACUCGGUAAUGCACGAGGGGCAGCAGAAAAGUGUAAUAGUGGAAACACACAAAAGGGCAGAAAAGAGAAAGACAGAGAAAAGCCCAAAGUAUGAUAAAGUGAAGAAAACAAAAUAAAAAAAAGAAAACAAAAGCAAAGUUACUGGAGGCAAAGUGUCCAGACAAACACAGCUCAGGGCAAAGUGAAGCAUAUAAGUGUACGCAGUGAAGUAACUAAGAGUGUGUAGUGAAGUAUAUAAGUGUGAAGAAGUACCGAGGAAGAGCUAAGAAGCGAUACAAAGCGGAACAGCUCAAAAGAAGAAGAAGAGUCAAGAUAAAUAGUGUGGCGCCAUUGAGAGAAGAGGAAGCCAGGAUGCGGGGCUGUGGCUAAAUAAGUGAAAGUUCGCGUGCAGUAAUUCGCCCCAGUGAGGAAUAAUACAUCAGUGAAGGGACGCGACGAUGAGUGGAUGAGACGUUAAAGGAUCAGAAGAAGUCUGUGCCGCAAAGGGGUUCGGAUUCACAGCGAUACAGGCCACAAGAAGAGGAAGACAUCUCGCUGCUGUCAAAUAUGUGCCCAUGACCCCAGCCCCUGCCCCCAGGCCGCCCCGCCCCGCCCCGCCCCCCUCGACGCCCCAGCCCCGGCGCGGCCUUCCUGAGACAGGUGCCGAAGUCUGUGUGAGCCCCGGCUGAUCCUCACCCUGCUGGCUUAGUGCCCUCCCUGUGGCGGCUGCACCUCUCCGUCUGAAGUUAACCAGUAUGAUGGAAAGAAGGAAAGAUGGUGGACGACCUGUCUGCUGAGGAUCAAAUUGAGAGGUUGAAGGAGGAGGCCCGCAGCUGUACCUACCCCACGGAUGCAGCCACCGUCAAGAAGCGUUACAAAGACACCGCCCUCAUCCUCUUCAAGGAGGAUCUGGACAAUGGCACCCUCAGGAACUAUCUCAUGUUCGGGACUCGCCGCUCAUCAUCUGUCAGCCAGUAUGGCAACACUCCCAUCGUCAUCCGCAGGUCUCGCAGCUCAAAUGGGGAGUUAGCAACUGUAGUGGAGCAGGUGGGCACUCUCCAGGGCCGAUCCACCAGGAGCAAUUACACUCUGCUGGAGGCAGCAGAGAAGGAGAGAGAUACAGAUUCGGAUGAUGAAAAUUACUUUCAGGGCAGCAGAUACAAUAGUGAUGAGAGCUUUGCAGUCAGAGGGAAUCAUGAAGAAGAUUCCAGACUCACAGCAAACUCCAAUGACAGUGUACUGACAGAUCAGGAAACCCCAGCAACCAGUAAAACAGGUGUUCAGUCUCCUGCAUGCCCUCAAGGGAGAACCUCAGCCAUUAGUGAGCAGCAAAUCCAAGACCAUGAUGCUGAAAAGAGCUCCACUCAACAUGACCCUCCUGUACAGCAGUGCAGGGAGAGUGUUGAAAGUGAAACUAUUCAACCCCACAACGAGGAAAUUACGAGCCACAACAACAAAAGGAUAUCAGAAAGCUAUAAAGAGGCACCCAGUGAACUCUUAGAAACACCAGUACAUGAUGAAAGCCAGCAAACUGAUGCAGAACCCAAAAGAGACAGCAUACCAUCACAAGGCUCAAAAAGCAACAUUAGUCCUCAAGUACCAAAAAAUAACAACCCUCCCCAACCCUCAGAAGGGGAAGAAAUGUGCCAGACAUUCCUACAAAAUACUCCUGAACCAACCCUUGCCUUCAGCACAAAUUCAGCUGAAGACAAAGUAUCCAGUCCUGAGAUUGACCAUGCUGCCAUCCUGAGGGAGUUUGUGCAGCAGCCCUCUCCACGCAGUAGGUCUCUGCUGCAGGGUGAAGGGGAGACUUGCCUCAGCACCUCUGAGACAAAAAAGCCAAAAGAAGAACCUGAUAAAAACUUAAAAAUUGUGAAACUGAAGAUUGUUGAAUCCACUGACAGUUUAUUUGAAGAAGCAUAUCCAGUGAUUAGUGGCCUAGAUUCACAAAAGAGUCUCACCACUUCUGAUAUCCCGCACCUUAGUGAUGAUAGUGAUGUUGUCUUCAUUGAUGCCGGCUCACCCUCACUCUCGAGGACAAAACUCUCCUGUACAGGAGAGUCCUUAUCUGCCUCUAAUGAGGUCAUGCAGGGCCACAAGGAAGGAGCAGAUGCUGUCAUCAAUGCUCCAGAUACCCCAGCCAAACACCCAGCAAUCCCCCAGACCCCAGAACCUGGCACAGAAUGUAAAAAGUCAGAGACCAGUAAGGACAAUGUAGUCAUUCGCAGAAGACACAACAGCACCAACAGCUUCCGAGACCUGCCCAUCAGGAGCCCUACACCACCCAGGAGGAGGCCUCAAAAAUCUCCUCGAACUCCUAAACUGAGAGAGAAGACCAGGCAACGGCACUCCUCACUGGCCCUCACGUCUGAUGAAGAGACCCAGGAGCUCCUCGCUAAUGGCACACGGUCAGCCUCUCCCACCUCAAAAACUGGUGACUUUAGAUUCUUUUCUUUCUCCCUGAAGAAAGAGAAGAGCAAGAGUGUUACAUCCCUUGGCUCCAAGCGAAAUAAAGAGAAAGUGAGGCUGACUUCAGUGAAACUUUCCCUGGAGAACAAUGAAGCAGUUAACCCAAAGUUUGUGCCCAGCCAGACUGAAGAAGGCCACAUUGUGAACCCUGGGAAGAGGGUUGGUGUCCGCAGUAUGAUGAUUGAUGGGACCAUCAAACGAAAUUUCAUAGUGAUCCAUCCAUCUGAUGACUCAGACACAAUUGGCCUGGCACCCAAGUCACCUCAAACUACUCAGAAAGAACUUUCUGUCAGCACCCCUGAGGCACUCGCAACAGUCAAGACUCGUAUAACAGCACCCAGCCAAGAGAAACUUGAGGUGACAAAACAAAUAUCCACGCAGGGAGGACUAAAGGAAGAACUGUUGUCAGAUAUUCCUGAAAAUAUUAGGACUGAAUCCAGAGCAAGUUUUCGAGGCUCUCUUAACUUUUCCCAGAUUUCUAAAAGCUUGAGAAUAAAGCAGAGUAAGAAAAAUUGGGAGCAUGUGUCUUUAAGAAGCUCCCAUAGUUUGUCCAGUGAGCCAGUCUGUCCUAGUCCCUCCAGCUCCCAAAUUCUGUAUAAAUCUCCUUCAUCCUUGUCCAGGGUGGACUGUGACUCACCCAACACCUUGGCAGAAAAACCUGACCACACAGGGGACUCUCAGACUGUGUCAAAAUUUUGUGUGGUUAUGUGAGUUCACGUUGUAUUAAUCAGUUUCUGGUGUAAUACACCCAAUGAAUUGUGAAGGUGUCCUUUCCCAUGGCAGCUGCACUUGGUGGAACUAAGGUCCUUAAGAAUAGGUGCUGAAGGAUUUUUUUUUUUUUUUUUUUUUUUUUUUCAUUGAACCAAACUUUUUCUGUUGUUUUCAACAUGUGAUUUGGCUGUGAAUGUGAAUUUUAUUAGUUUUGUUAUUACAAAGGGGAACAGAAAUGUAAGUGGGGUGGGAGGGAAGAUGAAGUCAAGUUAUGUCUUACAAAUAAGUCAGGUGUGCUGAAACAGAAAAGCCUAAUUGUUGAAAGAGUACUGUUGCUUGAUUUUGUUCUAGAUUUAAUGCACAUUUGUGCCAAGAUUAUUAUUAUGAUUAUUAUGAUUAUCUAUUAUUAUUGUUGUUAUUAUUAUUGGUUUUUUUUUUUUUUUUUUUUUUUUUUUUUUUUUACUAUGGAUACUGCCGUAUGGCUGAAAGACAAAACUUGUUAAUGACGUGUACAGUAUUUUUUCUAUCUUAGUAGCUUCUGAGUAGGUACUGAACUUAGCUGUAGGUUGAGAAGCUGUGGAAAGACGUGGCAGUCAGAACCACAUACCUUUGUUGCAUGCCACAUAUAUGUGAGUGGUUGUGAGAUGUGGAAUCAUCAAAUUUAAGUGGGUUUUGUACAGAAAAGUUCAUCAGGAAACAGUUCAGAAUAUAAUUGUGCUGGAUUAGUAUGCAGGUUCUCCACAAAUCAAAAAGUUUAUGUGUAUGUCACUUUCCUCAUUCUUGAGGCUCCUACAAGUGCCUCAAUUCAUGCCAGCCAUGACUCGUGAAUUUUCUCUUCAACAACUUCACGUAUUCUUCCACGGAAGCAGUUUUUUAUUUUGAAAUGGUGUUCACUGGAUUUGUUCAAUGUCACAACAUAUCUUCUCUCUAGUCUCUCGUAGCUUAGCACAACAUACCGUCUGGUGUUCAUUUAGACAGACAUUAGAAAAAAUUGUCAUUGCCUGAACUCGAGUUAAUUUUCCUGUGACUGGUCUCAGUUCACCUUUCUCCAGUAGUCCAAGUUCUCUUUGGCAAUUACUGAGUUUCUAUGGCCACAAGAAAAAGAAGUGUGGAGAUAUACAUUUUCAAUUAAUUAUCACUAUGGAGUAAAAUUGAGUAAUGAAGAAAUUCUUUGGCAGCUUCUAAGCCUUACUCUUGGUUAUUUUUUUAUACAUAUAUAUAUUUUUUUUUAAUAUUACAUCUAUCUUCCAUUCUAAAAACAAGAAGUGAGAAUAAGAGCAGCCUCCAUUUUGUGAUAAAUUCUGUAGCUGAUUCAGUGUGCAGCACACUGAUAAUAUGGAAAUAUUUUUGUACUUAUGUUGCUUCAGUGUCAUAAAUGAAGCAAAAUAUAUAACACAUCCCAGACAAGCUGUAGUGCCACUAACAUGUGUUGCUUCCCCAUGGUGCUCACAUUGCUGUGCUCCCUUGACUGAACUUCACACAAUAACCUUUUGUACACAAGCCACUAGACACCAGCACGGCCUCCACACUGGGUGCUGCAAGCUGGGCAAGACCCUGAGCUGCUGCUGCUGUCUGUCCUUGGUCUCUGCCUUGUCUAAUGCACAGCACACUCUAAGGACUGUGUUCACUGUCAUGAUCAUCUUGUGGAGUCCUGUAAGGGUAUUAAAUGGCUAAUAUUUUUAUAUGAUAUAUAUCAUGGCUUUUAGUUUUAUAUGCAUAUAUACACUAACCUGCAUAAAUACAUAGUUCAUAGUCUUGCUGAAUCAUUUGGGUACUGGUAUGUGUGUGCGUGCAUGUGUGUGUGUGUGUGUGUGUAUACUGUCUCAAAGUGACCAAACAUUAAAUGUUCCACAUUUAUCUAAGGUGAGAGUGUGUUCAGUGUCAAUGUCACUCCCUGGCUACAUUGUGUACCACACUUGUCAAAGGUUUUAUAUAGACUGUGCAUUGUGUUUACUAUAUUUCCUAUUAUAGUAUGGUUAGAAUAUAACUUUUUGAUUGAAUACUUUAGUAUACAUGUCCAUGUUUCUCGCACAAGAUAUACUCUUGGUAACAGAUGUAGUGAUUCUGAUGUUAAUUUUGGUCUGUCAUGACUCCCAGAUAAUUAUGCUUCUUUGGUCAUCAUCCAGCCUUAGCCCCCCCCUUCCUUAGCUGUGAUCUCUUUUCAGUUAUCUUUAUCAUAUAUGUAGAGAUUCUAAUUUUCUUACAUUCGUCUAAUUACUAGGUGUAGCAUUUAUGAAGACACGUCACUUUUUCGUGCUGUAGCUCCAAACAACAUGGAUUUACAUGUUGCCCAGCAAAAAGACUGUUUGAAAGGUGCCAAUGUAAUGUACUGACCACCAUGUUGUUUGGGGUCUUUAAACUAAUGUACACUUAAUAAAAUAAAAUAAAAGUAUCUUCCAGAUUGAGUCCCAUGCUGCAUUAUGUGAUGUGGUGGAAGGACUAGUUUUCACAUGCCUCUCAAGCCUAAAUGUCCAACUACUCUUGGUAGCCUUUCAUUCUUACAUCUUGGAUAUUUCCACUUUGUAGUAGUGUGUAAGCAAUAAAUGCAUGUCACAAUUUCUCACUUGCAUACAAAUUAGGAUUGAUUUUUUUACUCUGUUCAUUUACCUUACUGUGUUAGGUUUAAAAUAUCAGGUGGUAUAGCUCUGCUAGUCAGAAGGAAACAUCCCUCCUGUAAUUUUUGUUCUAUUUUCAGUACAAUUUGCAUAUUUUAAUGUUUCAAACUUUUCAAUAUACAUGGUCAGUAAAGCCAGUGGUGGUAUUAUAUUAACAUGAGCAUUAUGUAUAAAUCAUGCUGACUUACACUGUAUGUAAUGCCGUACAUACAUCUGCUACUGACAUACUAAGGAUAGGUUUCUCCCUGAUUACCAUUUUAUCCAUGCUCAUUGUACCUUCACUUCCAUUUUUGUUCAUUAUAAGAUGCUCUAUACUCACAUGGAUUUUGCCUUCCUUCAGUUAAUCAUAUCCUGCAUUUGAUCUUGUUAUAGCUUUCAGCUCUCUUCUCCCAGUCACUGCAUCAUCUUCCCAUGUGUCUCCAUACAUUACUAUAUCAUUUUCCUUUACCUUAUCAUUCACUCUUAUCUUACCAUAGUGCCACAUGAACUCUGAUGUCUGGCACACUAUUUUUCCUUAACUUAGUCAUGUGUGUAUACAUAGACAGUUUAAUCUUCUGGUUGAUUUUAUACAACAAAAAUCAUUGUAAUAUAUAUCAUUGAUUUGACUGUGAUCCUCAGGUGAUAUGAUGUUUUCGAGGACACUAGCACCGGACUGUUUAGUGUGCAUUGCAAGCCAUGGUGCUGCCCUGUUUUGAUAUAUUUUCCAUCGUUUUAUUCUAUUGUUUAAUUUCAAAAGCCUUUAAGAUGGCUUCAAAAUAAAUUCCAGCAUAAUUCAUA